AUGGAUUCGAAAAGCCUGGUCACUCAAUUCCAAUCACUGGUUGACGUUAACAAGACGUCUCUGUACAUUUCAUUGCUGUCCAUUGCGUUCAACCCAACUGCAUGGAACAUCGUAGCUCGAAAUGAGUAUAAGAACAAGACCAUUACGCGUAUUUUUGGAGGAAAUGCACGAUAUGGAUGCUAUUUCCUGGCUCUUUCCAUAUUUUCGUUCGGGAUGCUCAGAGAUAGUCUCUACCGUCAGGCUCUGCUAGAACAACCCCAACAGGCCAUUCUUCCCAAGGAAUACGCAACCAUUGUCCCCGUUGUUCUCUUCGUUAUUGGCCAGAUUUUUGUCGUGACCUCAACAUGGGCCUUGGGAAUCACUGGAACUUUCCUCGGGGACUACUUUGGAAUCUUGAUGGACCAGAGAGUUGAGGGAUUCCCUUUCAACGUCCUCAGAGACCCGAUGUAUGUUGGCAGUACCAUGUGCUUCGCUGCUACUGCUCUUUGGUACGAAAGGCCCGCUGGACUGUUCAUUACCCUUUAUGUCUACAUCCUCUACGUAAUCGCGCUCCGCUUCGAAGGUCCCUUCACAGACAUGAUCUACAGCAGACGCGCUGAAAAGGCCAAGGCCAAGGCCCUCUAA